AGUGAGCUACUAAAAAAACAAUCGUGGCACCUGGCAAAAACGAAGAUGUUUUUUUUAUUUGAUAUUUUUUGCUAAAGAAGACGAAGAUGUUUAGGUCCUCCAAAAACGCUAUUUUCCUCUUUCUCAGAGGAAUAAACACAAACACAUACAAGACACAGAGCCUCCAGCCUAUCGUCCGCUACCUCCACACCAGCGACCGCAUCGAGGGAAAUCGAAAUGGCACUAAAACUUCCAAAGAUGAUUACUUUGCAGCAAUCCACCACAUCUCCAACAUCGUACAGCGUGAUUUCUACAUGGAGCGAACUCUCAACAAGAUGCGAAUCUCCAUCGACUCUGAACUUGUCUACCGAGUCCUCCGGGCCUGUUCCAAAUCCGGCACUGAGUCACUCCGUUUCUUCAACUGGGCUCGGACCCACCACCCCUCUUACAAACCCACCACCGUCGAGCUGGAGGAGCUGGCGCGAACUCUCGCCCGGACAAAAAAGUACGAGUCAAUGUGGAAAAUCCUUCAACAGAUGCAGACCCUUCACGGCUUAAUCGUCUCUUCCGAUACCCUUUGCUUCAUAAUCGAGGAAUACGGGAAACAGGGCCUCGUAGACCAGGCAGUCCAAGUCUUUAACAGAGCCUCGAAGAUUUUCCGAUGUCAGCAGACCGUCGAGCUCCAUAACUCCCUUCUCUUCUCGCUCUGCGAAGUGAAACUCUUUCAUGGCGCUUAUGCAUUAGUACGAAGGAUGAUAAGAAAAGGGUUGGUCCCCGAUAAGCGGACUUACACGAUUCUUGUCAACGCUUGGUGCUCGGCUGGAAAGAUGAGAGAAGCUGAAUUGUUCUUGAAGGAAAUGAGUGAAAAAGGGUUCAAUCCGCCGGUGCGAGGCCGGGAUCUACUAGUGGAAGGGCUACUGAAUGCUGGGUACAUCGAGUCCGCCAAAGAAAUGGUGAAAAGAAUGGUGAAACAAGGCUUUUCUCCAGACGUUUCUACGUUCAAUUCUGUUGUGGAAGUCAUUUCAAAGUCUGGUGAAGUUGAGUUUUGCAUUGAGCUUUACCACGAAGUAUGCAGAAUCGGUCUUGUUCCGGAUAUCAAUACUUACAAGGUAUUGAUUCCUGCGGUUUCGAAAUUGGGUAGAAUCGAUGAAGCUUUUAAGCUUCUGCAUAAUUCCAUUGAAGAUGGGCACAAGCCAUUUCCAAGCUUGUAUGCGCCCAUAAUUAAAGGAAUGUGUAAGAGUGGACAGUUCGAUGAUGCUCAUUGCUUCUUUAGUGAGAUGAAGGUUAAAGGUCACCCGCCCAAUCGACCCGUUUACACCAUGUUGAUAACCAUGUUCGGCCGUGGCGGCAGGUUCAUCGAGGCUGCUAAUUUCUUGAUGGAGAUGACUGAAUUGGGUUUGACUCCCAUUUCCCGGUGCUUUGAUUUGGUCACUGAUGGUUUGAAGAAUUGUGGAAAGCAUGAUUUGGCUAGUAGGAUUGAGCAGUUAGAAGUUUCUGUACGUGGCACAUGAUAAUGUGGUUAAUCAUCAUUUGCUGAUCGGAGGUUGUAGUGUGUCUUUUCUUAUUGAGAUAAAGCGAUAAUUGAAGAGAUCAAAGAGAGCUCGGUAUCCAUUUGUCAACUCAAAGCAAUAGAAGUUAUAAUCCAAUGUCGUAUGAGGUUUUUGAAGACGGUGAACUCAUGUAGGUCAAGUACUCUGCUGAGAAAAUGAAGAUGUCAUACAACAGAAUCGUCCCAAAUUUGGAGUUGGUAUUUCAGGUGGUGGUGUUCCUUGAAUAGCAAGGUAAUUUUGUUCAGACUUCGGAUUCCAAUUUUAAGGUUUUGUGCAAACAUUACAGGUGAAAGAGUGAUACAAUAUUCUUGUGUAGCCCAUUACAGCUGAAGAGUUACGUUCUCCGUUAUUAAGGAAUAGAUGAGGCUUUUAGGAAUAGUUAGAAAAUCAGAGCACAACUCUAGUGACCUUCAUUGAGACCAUAAGGAUACAAAAUGAUCGCAUGAAAAGACACUUGUACACAAUAUUGUCAAGGCACGCAAGGAAGGGCCAAGAAGCCGGUCCCAGAGUUACACAGCAAAUAUUAAUCUUGAAUAUUUCCAUUUUAACUGGAAGAAUCACGCAAAUACAAAUCUUUCUUGUACUCAUCUCAUUUCCAAACUUUUCAACAUAAUUUUACUUUUUGAUAAA